AUGGCCAACCCUCAGGGCCUGGAGGAUGCGCUGAGCACGCUAGAUUCGCGGGUGGCGGGCGUCAUCAGGGACGCGAACGCGGCCGACGGCGUGCCGUUCAGGGCGCGGGCAGGCCACCUGCACCACACGUGGGCCAAGACGUUCGCGUCGCUGCCGGAGCUGUAUAUCCAGCCCGAGUCGCAGGCCGAGAUCGAGAAGGUGGUGUCGCUGGCCCGGCGGCUGCGGCGGCGCGUCUCGCUCGUGGGGUGCGGCCACUCGCCCUCGGACCUGACGUGCACGUCCGGGUGGCUGGUCAACCUGGACCGGCACGCGCGGGUGCUGUCGCUGGACCGCGCCGCGGGCGUCGUCGUCAUGCAGAGCGGCAUCCGCCUCUUUGCCCUGGCCGAGGAGCUGGCCCGGGCCGGCCUGGCCAUGCCCAACCUGGGCAGCAUCAACGACCAGUCCGUCGCGGGCGUCAUCUCGACGGGCACGCACGGCAGCAGCCUGCGCCACGGCCUCAUCUCAGACGACGUCCUCGCGCUCAAGAUCACCCUGGCCGACGGCAAGACCCGCUCGUGCUCGCCCGUCGAGGACCCGGACCUGUUCCGCGCCGCCCUGCUCUCGCUCGGCGCCCUGGGCGUCAUCACCGAGGUCACCUUCCGCGCCGUGCCCGCCUUCAGCCUCGCCUGGACCCAGACCAUCGACUCGGACGCCGCCAUGCUGCGCGCCUGGGACACGACCCUCUGGACGCAGGCCCACUUUGUGCGCGUCUGGUGGUUCCCCCACACCCGCCGCGCCGUGGUCUGGAGCGCCUCGGAGCCCGAGGGCAAGGGCGAGGGCGAAGGGGCGGGCGGCCAGCAGGUCGUCCUGCCGGUGAGCUGGCUGAGCAGCCGCGUGGGCUACCACGUGUACCACAACCUGCUGUGGCUGGCGCAGUAUGUGCCGCGGGUGCUGCCGUGGGUCGAGCGCUUCGUCUUCGGAAUGCAGUUCGGCUUCCGCGACGGCACCACCACCAGGGGCCUGCAGCCCAGCCGCGAGGCGCUGCUCCUCGACUGCCUGUACUCGCAGUACGUCAACGAGUGGGCGCUGCCGCUCUCUCGCGGGCCCGAGGCCCUGGCGCGCCUGGGCGCCUGGCUCAACCGGCUGCGGCCCGGCGACCAAGGGUACGUGGAGCACAGGAUCCCCUUCCCCACCGACGGCCUGUACGUGCACGCCCCCGUCGAGGUUCGCGUGUCGGAUGCGAGGAACGAGUCCGUCCGGUCCGGGCGCGGCUGCCGCCCCUGGCUGGACCCCACCAUGCCCGACGGGCCGACGCUGUACCUCAACGCGACCCUCUACCGCCCGUACCUGCAGGAUCCCCCCUCGCUGGCGCGGUACUACGAGGCGUUCGAGUGGCUGAUGCGUGACCUGGGCGGGCGCCCGCACUGGGCCAAGAACUUCCGCUUCGCCGACAUGGAGAGCUUAUACGGUGACCAUCUGCGCCGGUGGCGGGAGGUGCGAGACCGUGCUGACCCUGACGGCAUGUUCGUCGGUGCCUGGCAUCGCCGCUUCGUUCUUGGCCAAGGGGAGCCGCUGGCGCUGGAGGAGGUUGAGGUAGAGAGGCGCGCUGUCGACAGCAAUGGUGUAAGAGUCUUAGGGACAGUCGGGGAGAAGAGGUGA